UAUUUGGCUUUGGCACCGCCCAUGUGUCGUAACGCCAUCCUAUCUGAGUGCAAAGGUCCGUGUUUAAAGAGCGGAUGCUCUCAGCAGCAGAGACACACCAGACCACUUCCCAAACACACUCGGUUAAUUUAGCUAAAAGCGUGUUCAUAUACAGAUCCGAGUCCAUCAGCCACCAUGAAUUUUUUCCUGGAAACGCUUCAAGUCCUCAUUCUUUCCCUCUGGUACAACAUUGAGGCCUUUUUCCGCUUCUUCAUCCCUGCUAAGAGAAAGAAUGUGGCUGGUGAGGUGGUCCUGAUCACAGGGGCAGGAAGUGGCAUUGGACGCCUCAUGGCUCUGGAGUUUGCAGGUCUGGGUACCGUGCUGGUGUUGUGGGAUAUUAACCAGGAGGGGAUAAAAGAGACGGCUAGACUGGCUAAAGAGAGAGGAGCCAUCAGAGUACAUUACUACCUCUGUGACUGCAGCGAUAAGAACGAGGUUUACAGUGUGGCUGAUCAGGUGAAGCGGGAGGUUGGAGAUGUCAGCAUCCUGAUUAACAACGCUGGCAUCGUGACAGGAAAGAAGUUUAUGGAUGCUCCUGAUUCUCUGGUUGAGAAGACCAUGGAGGUCAACACCAUGGCUCACUUCUGGACCUACAAGGCGUUCCUGCCAGCCAUGUUAGCCAACAACCAUGGCCAUCUGGUCAGCAUUGCCAGUACUGCUGGUCUCGUAGGAGUCAAUGGAUUGGCAGAUUACUGUGCCAGCAAAUUUGGGGCAGUAGGUUUUGCUGAGUCCGUGGGUCUGGAGCUGCUGGCGACUGGAAAAGAUGGAGUCAAGACCACUAUCGUCUGCCCGUACUUCAUCAAUACCGGCAUGUUUGAUGGAUGUCAAACUAAGUGGCCAACACUGCUGCCCAUCCUGGAACCAGACUACGUGGUGAGGAAGAUCAUCCAGGCCAUUCUUACAGACCAGGUCUUCCUACUGAUGCCCAGGAGCAUGUAUUUAAUCACUGCACUCAGGACUACUUUAAACUGGAAGAUGACAUCUCUCCUUGGCGAUUACCUGGGACUCUCCGACAGAGUAGACCACUAUUAUAAAAACCUCAGUCUGCUCCCCAAACGGCACUAACGCACAUUCUUUCCAAAACAUCACAUGCAAAAAUCCAUAUGAAUUCAAAGCACUGUUUUUGCUUUGCUUUGAAAGAAAUAUUUUCAUAUGUAAAUGCAGCAAAAUGUGAAAAAAUAAAUCAUAUCAAAACACUUGAAAUUUGAAAUAUGCUCACUCAUGGGAACAAACAUGUUUCCCAAGUGCACAUGGUUGGAAUUGAUGUGUGUAUUCACAAGUGACCUUUUUUGUGAUGAAAUUCUUUCCUAUACAUUGGAAUAGCUUCUGUACAACAGCCAGAAAAACAAAAAACUGCAAGAGCUCUGUGCCCAUCAGUUCUGUUGUAGAGAAUAUGUUGCAAGGAAAGACUCAAUAGGUUAAGUGUUCACCAGGCUACCAGCUCUAUUAGAUACAGGUUUGCUAAUCAGUUGUUAAAAACUUGUUUGAAAGUAAUUUACAGUAAUUUAAUUUAAUUUAAUUUAAACUCUUAGUACUUAGCGGUCUGAGAGCCAAAAUAUUCUUAAGCACUGAAGGUAUCAACCAAUAUCAAGCAAUAGUGCAUACUCUCCUCUCUGUUUAGAUCAAGAAAAUGAAGCUAGCAGUGUAAAGAGAUUCCUGGUGGACAUUAACCUUGCAGUGAAUGAUGUCUCCUGUUGAGUGCACUGUUGUGGUGGUUGUUCUCAGACAGGGGAUAGCUGGUCCAAAGCAUAGUAUCACUAAGAUUAUUGUAGUGCAUUGACCUUAAGGGACAUUGCACUGUAAAACAGAGCUGACAGUUUGUGCCCCCUUCGAUCUUAGACAGUUCAGUGUACAAUUUAGAAUGAAAGCAGCUCUCUAAAGAAGGAAGGGACAACAUGUCACUGAGUUGCGUGUAAGCCCAAGUUGGUGUGUAGAAAAAAUUUGUGUAGUUGUCAUUGUUUUGAAUGGGUUUGCUUCCCCUCCAUUUAUGCGUUAUUUAACAGGAUAGAGCCCCAGCAAGGUGUCAGAAAAAUGAGCAAUUCAUCGACUGCUAACAUGCUCAUAAUUGAUAUUGUACAUUUUAAACUUGUAGCACACUUGUGGCUGUUUGACCAGAGCUGGGCUUCACAGGCUUCAUGCAGCUGUUGGACAGACUCCUGAAGUUUUGAGAGCAGUAACAAGGACAACUAAUGCACACAAAGGACAAAAAACACCAGUGCAAUGUUUGGAAUGCUGUUGCUGUGACAUGUUGUUCCUUCAUUCUUUAUACAUACAUAUGUAUACAUACAUAUACAGCGUCAGCAGUCUUUUGUCAUAGGAGGCAAAUACUGCAGCCACUUGAUGGGGACUGAACAUGAUUCUGGAUUUGUGGAGAAUCUGACAAUAACCAGUGUGAAAUUAUCUCUUAUUUAUUAUUUUUUCUCAGAAAUGUGAUAACAUUUUUUCUGUCACUGUCACAUCACUGUCAGUGGAACAGAUCCAGCUUUUUUAUCUUCAUGACUUCCUGGAUAAUAUUUUUGAUGUUUGGCAGAGUUGACCAUUUUUUGACUUAAGUUGACUGUUUAAGACCAUGGGAAUAAUACAAAUGAAUUCUUUUUCUUGGAUGUGAUUUAGUUGCACUUGUAACUUCAACUAAACUAAGAUUUUAGCACAAAGUUGUGUUUGGGGAAAACUACUGCCCAUUAAUUGUGCCUUGCUGUUUGGCGGCUUGUCAGCAGAAUAUGAGGACAAUGGUAAGAGUUAAAUAAAGAUUGUGUGCAUUUUUUUUCA